GCAUGGCUUGGAGUUUGCCACAACUCCUCGAGUUACACCAGCCACAGAACUGGCCGGCUCAAAAUCCUUAACCUCUAAGAACCAACUCUUUAAAUAUCAUCCCUGUUUCCACUUGUCUCUUCCUUUAACUUCUUAGCCAAUAAUUUAAAGGCUUGCUCUUCAUUUUUACUCUCAGGGUUUUAGAACCAUUCUUGGAGGAGAACAAUGGCUUCUUCUUCGUGUGCAGUCUCACCUUCAGUUAGAACUGAAUUGUUAAACCCAAUCUCUAAUAGGUUUCUGGCUCCUUCAAGAGUCUAUCAUCAGCCAAGAAGCAAAUGUGAGAUGAUAAACAGGAGGGGUUUUGCUUUAAAGGGGAUUAUGGCAUCUGGUGCCUCGGUCAUGGGUUCUUCCUUGACUAGCGAACCGGUCAAGGGAAUGGAGAGAUUACCAUUCAAGCCAGACGGAUACAAUUACUGGACAUGGCGAGGUCGGAAAAUACAUUAUGUAGUACAAGGGGAAGGGACCCCAAUUGUUCUUAUUCAUGGAUUUGGUGCUUCUGCUUUCCACUGGAGGUAUAACAUACCUGAAUUGGCUAAAAAUUACAAAGUUUAUGCCAUAGAUUUGUUAGGAUUUGGGUGGAGUGAGAAAGCAAUUAUCGAGUAUGAUGCAAUGAUAUGGAGAGAUCAAGUUGUUGAUUUCCUGAAGGAGAUAGUAAAAGAGCCAGCAGUGUUAGUUGGAAACAGUCUUGGAGGGUUUACAGCCUUGGUCGCAGCUGUGGGGUUGCCUGAACAAGUGGUUGGACUCGUGUUACUGAAUAAUGCAGGACAGUUUGGAGACACAAAGGCUAAAAACACCAAAUCUGAGGAAACGUUCUUGCAGAAAACUAUUUUAAAGCCACUGAAGGAAAUUUUCCAGCGUGUUGUUCUUGGGGUUCUAUUCUGGCAAGCAAAGCAACCGAAUCGUAUCGAAUCUGUCCUAAAAAAUGUGUAUAUCAAUACCUCCAAUGUGGAUGAUUAUCUUGUGGAAUCCAUAAAAAUGCCGGCAAAUGAUCCCAAUGCCGGAGAAGUGUACUAUAGGUUGAUGACACGGUUCAUGCUAAAUCAAACCGAGUACACUCUGGACAGUUUCUUGAGCAAGCUAACUUGUCCACUUCUGUUGCUGUGGGGUGACUUAGACCCUUGGGUUGGUCCAGCCAAGGCUAACCGCAUCAAAGAAUUCUACCCGAACACAACCGUCGUGAACCUACAGGCAGGUCACUGCCCACAUGAUGAAGUUCCAGAACUUGUUAAUAAGGCAUUGACUGACUGGUUGUCGAAUUUACUGACAAAAGCUUCGCUCCAGACAGCAUAAAAGAGAUCCAGUUUUAUGACACUGGGAAUCACUCUUUGCUAUAGGAUUACGUAUAAUAUAACUGUAAAUACAUUGAUUACAUGUUUCAUUUUUCAUACAUAUGCGAGAGAGUUGAGUGUUGUUUAUUACAAGGUUCUUGGAAACAAAGGGGGAGGUUUAUAUGGUUUCUGGUAA